AUGCCUUGUCCGACAGCCAUGAGGACCAAGAAGACAGAGGCGGUCGGGAUUCCCACCAUAGAUCUCUCCCAAACCAGGCCAACUACUUCCAAAUCCAUUCUCCAUGCUUGCCACCACUUUGGCUUCUUCAAGCUCAUCAACCAUGGCGUUUCUCACCAUGCCAUUUCCCGACUCGAAUGCCAAGCCUUUGAUUUCUUCGCCAAAACAGCCCCCGAGAAGCACCGCGCCGGUCCCGCUGCCCCCUUCGGCUAUGGUACCAAAGCCAUUGGCCCCAACGGCGACACGGGCGACCUCGAAUACCUUCUUCUUCGCUCCGACCCCGCUUCCGUUCUCCAAACCUCCCCCUCCAUCUCCAACGAUCCUUCUACUUUCAGCUACGUGGUGAAUGAAUAUGUUAAAAGCGUGAAGGAUUUAGGAUGUGAGAUUCUUGAUCUAGUAGGUGAGGGUCUAUGGUUACCAAACAAGUCUGUGUUCAGUGACCUCAUCAGGGACGUCCAUAGUGAUUCAGUUUUGAGGAUCAAUUACUACCCUGCAGUCAAGCACACUGAAAAUUGGGAGCUUUCAUCAAAAUCCAACCCUUCAAAUAAUAGGAUUGGAUUUGGGGAGCAUUCUGACCCUCAGAUCUUGACCAUCUUGAGAUCCAACGAUGUUGAUGGCCUUCAAAUCUCCUUGCAGGACGGGUUGUGGCGACCCGUUUGCCCCGACCCGUCUGCAUUCUACGUCUUGAUUGGUGAUGCACUUCAGGCAAUGACAAAUGGGAGAUUUGUAAGUGUGAGGCAUAGAGCAAUGGCAAACAGCUCAAAGAAGGCAAGAAUGUCAAUCAUGUACUUCGGGGCACCACCGUUGAAUGCAUGGAUAGCACCUCUAUCAGAAAUGAUACCCCCCAAUCACCAAUCUCUAUAUAAGCCUUUCACUUGGGCUCAGUACAAGAAAGCUGCUUAUUCCCUUAGAUUAGCAGAUUCUCGCCUUGAUCUCUUUAAAGCUUCUUAAUAAUUA